AUGACCGGACGAGGAAAAGGUAAAGCCCAGGGCACCAAGUCAAAGACUCGUUCUUCCAGGGCAGGUCUACAGUUUCCUGUUGGUCGCAUCCAUCGCCUUCUUCGUAAAGGCAACUACGCUGAACGCGUCGGAGCCGGUGCUCCCGUGUACUUGGCUGCCGUACUUGAGUAUCUGAGUGCUGAGAUCCUCGAGUUAGCAGGAAACGCAGCACGCGACAACAAGAAGUCAAGAAUCAUUCCUCGUCACCUCCAGUUGGCUGUGCGAAAUGACGAAGAAUUAAACAAACUCCUUGCCGGUGUCACCAUCGCUCAAGGCGGUGUUCUUCCCAACAUUCAGGCAGUAUUACUACCUAAAAAGAGAGAGAAGAAACAACACUAAGCGACGGCAACAACCAUAAAUACAAACGGCUCUUUUAGGAGCCACCAAGUCUAGAAUAAAGUCAUGACCAAUCACGAUAUAAAUUUGUAAUCUACCCCCCAAAUAGUAUUCGCCGUCUAAGUUUGGGGUUAAUAACUCGAUCGAUACUUAGCCACAAAUAAUUAUGUCUCGCGGAAACUCGCUAUUUCUAUUUGUUUUUGCAUGGUUCCAUGUUGCUAGUUUUGUUCAUAAAUGCGUAUACCAAAGCAUAUUUAGCGCUAUUUCGGCUAUCGCAUGUAAGAAACAAACAACAGCAACCACAGCAUUGCUUGAAAAACUGAAACCAGUCUUAGGUCAGUUUAGCUCGGUGUAACAUGAAUUUAAAGACUGAUGUGAUUAUAUCAUGAAAGUUGAAAUUGCGUUUGCUUUCUAUGCAGGUUUCAUUCGCGCUGUUUCCAACAGGUUUUUAUACGAACUUCGAGGUACAUACCAAGCGACAAUCGAACAACUUUCUGCUCUUUUUAAACGAGUACACAAUUAAUCGCAUUCCUACCAACCGGGAACAAACAUUGCUGCUACUACUGAGCUUGAAAUGUUGUUUUCUUUGCCUAAAAAUUACAAGAGAUCGUCGUGAUUUCCUUCGGUACACAAGCUGUUUACGUAAAAUAAACUAACACAGUUAUAAACCGUCGUCGGUAACGACACAAACCAGCUUGCUCUCUUAAUUCUGCCACAACAACAACGUACAACAACAGUUUAUUCACUAACUAAUUAAAGACAAAAGCUUUACAGUAUUGUAUGCCCCGCAAAGAGCUAUGAGGUUAAUCUAGACGGGAAAAAAAAAUUUCCCUGUAUAAGUAACGACUGCGCUGCUGUAAAGUCACUAAAAAGAAAAACUGGCGUGGACGCACCCAGUAAAUAAAGCGCUGAAUCGAUUUCAGGUGUAUGUUGACUUGUUGAUAUGUAUAUAAACCUUCAGCAAUGAUCGUAAUGAAAACAAAUUCUCUUAUCACGUAUUGGUCAGAGCUUUUCAUACAUUUGUUGGCUCCUAAAAGAGCCGUUGGUUUAAGUGUUGAUCAGGGAUUACAGUGUAUUCUAACCCCCAAAACCGUACAGAGUACGUCCUUGUCGUUUCAGAGCGUAUACUACGUCCAUGGCUGUAACGGUCUUACGCUUGGCGUGCUCGGUGUAGGUCACGGCAUCGCGGAUAACGUUCUCAAGGAAAACUUUCAGAACACCGCGUGUCUCCUCGUAGAUCAGUCCAGAAAUUCGCUUUACACCCCACGGCGAGCGAGACGACGGAUCGCUGGCUUGGUAAUUCCUUGA